AUGUCAUCUGAUGAGAACAAGAAAUGGAUGAAGUGUGACCGUAAGUUUGGUGAAUACAUACAAGGUGUGAGGUCAUUUAUACAGUUUGCCAAGAAUAAUGGUGGUGGGAGGGUUUUAUUUUCAUGUCCUUGUCGAAAUUGUAUGAAUGGUAAAGGUUCAGUUUCACUUAGUGAGAUAUCAUUGCAUUUGCUCAAAUAUGGUAUUUGUUUGACGUAUACAACAUGGCGUCAUCAUGGUGAAAGUUCAGUAGAAGCACGGUCAAGACAUAGGGAUAAGACUACAACAGGUAUGGAUGGGAAUGUUACAGUAGAUGUGGAUGUGGAUGGGAAUGUUACAUCUGCUAUGGAUAUGGAUGUGAAUGUCACAGAAGGAGUUGAUGUGGAUGAGAAUGUUACAGCAGGUGUGGAUGUGGAUGAGAAUGUUACAACAAAUGUGGAUGUGGAUGAGAAUGUUGGGACCAAGGGGUGUUGUAAGAAAAAGUUAUCAGCGGCCGAGCGAGCAAGAGUACCAUUGUAUCCUUCGUGUCCUAAAGGAAAGUCGGCGUUGUAUGUAGCGAUAAUGGUGAACAAAAUAAAGACUCAGUAUGCGAUUUCAGAUAAUGGUAUGACUGCAAUGUUAGAAUUGAUAAAAGAGUUGCUUCCCGAAGAAAACACCCUGCCAAGUAAGUUUCCAGAUGUCAAGAAGAUAAUUCAAGAGUUGGGGAUGGAUUAUGUAACCUACGAUGCUUGCGUGAAUGAUUGUAUACUCUAUUGGAAGGAUAAGAGUUCAUUGCUGAAGUGCCAUGUAUGUCAAGAACCGCGGUAUGUAAGAGUUUUCAAUGAUGAGAGAAAACUUACUCAAGUUGCGCAGAAGACGUUGAGACACUUUCCAAUAAUUCCAAGGCUGAAAAUAUUUUAUAGUAUACCAUGGAUAGCAGAGGCGAUGCUUUGGCAUUUUAGAGCACAGAAAGAUAUCAAUGUAAUGCGUCAUCCCGUUGACUCUUCAGCUUGGCGUUGUGCGGAUAGUUUUUGUCCAGAGUUUGCUAAGGAAGCACGAAAUGUUACUCUUGGUAUAGCAACUGACGGCUUCAACCCCAAUGGAUGCUUUGGUCUCAAUUACAGCUGUUGGCCGGUAAUUCUCUGUCCGUAUAAUCUUCCUCCUUCGAUGUGUAUGAAGAGGGAGUUUUCUAUGUUAUGUUUGUUGAUAUCAGGCCCGAGAGCACCAGGUAAAGAUAUCGAUGUUUACUUACAACCAUUGAUUGAAGAGUUGAAAGAGUUAUGGAAUGAUGGUGUUAUGACUUUCGACAGCUUCACCGGUUCUGAAUUUCUGAUGAGAGCUAGGUUGUUAUGGGCAAUUCAUGAUUUUCCAGCAUUAGGGACUCUUUAUGGAUGUGUAACUCAUGGGUAUUUUUCUUGUCCAAGUUGUGGAGAAGAAACAGAUGCUGAGUGGCUGCCAUAUAGUAAGAAGUUGUGUUAUAUGGGACAUCGAAGAUGGCUGCCAACGAAACACAAGUUUAGAGAUGAUAAAACAAACUUCAGUGGAGGAGUUGAGCAUGGUAAAGCUCCAUGGCCACUAACAGGAUUGCAAGUUCAAGAGAUGGUAGCUAAUUUGAAAAGAAAACAUGUUCGUCACUGUACAGAUGUGAUGCAUAACGAGAAGAAUAUAACUGAGCACAUUGUUAAUACUGUAUUGGGAAAUAACAAGUAA